GCUGAAGAAGCAGAGAGAGAAGAACGGAAAAAACUUGAGUCAAAAAGAGAAGAGGAAAGGCGGAAAGAAGAGGAGAGAAUACGUCUUGAGGAAGAGCGACAGGAAGAGGAAAGAAGGAAGGCAAAGGAAGAAGAGGAGAAGAGAGAGUAUGAAGAGUACCUGAAGCUGAAGGAGAGUUUUGUAGUUGAAGAGGAAGGGGUUGAAGAAUCGAUGACAGAGGAAGAGUCUCGCAGCUUUCUCAUGGAAUUUCUCGAAUACGUUAAGAAAACAAAGGUAAUCCAGCUGGAGGACUUGGCUUCGCAUUUGGGUUUAAGAACGCAGGAUGCAAUUAACAGAAUCCAGGACCUGAUGGCAGAUGGCACUCUAACAGGUGUGAUUGAUGACAGAGGAAAGUUCAUCUACAUCACUCCAGAGGAGAUGGCUGCCGUGGCGCAGUACAUCAAACAGAGAGGACGAGUUUCCAUCACAGAGCUGGCCCAAGCAAGCAAUUCCCUCAUCAACCUCCAGCCUGACAGCCGAGCUGUUGCUCCAACUGUGGCAUGAUAUUGUAGCAUGAAAAAAAAAAUACAGCAGGAGAUUAACCUUUUAAUGAAAAAGCUACAUAAUUAAAAACAAAGAACCCCUCUAGUCCAUUUGCGGUACUUGAAGAUAGGGUGCUCUUUUUAAGCAUCAGCUG